CUCUCCGAGCUCCAGUGGCACCGUCCGACGGCGCAAUCGGCGGCGACGGAAAGCGCCCCGCGGGCCCUUCCCCCCCCUCAUCCCCCCCCCCCUCAAGAGACCGCGCACCACCGCCGCCCUCUUUGGGUGCGGCGGCGGUGCCCCUAGGCGGCGCCCUCUGUGCCCCAGCCCCCGCCGCGGCGCCAAGAGGAGACGGGGAGGCAGAGGAUGAGGAGGAAGAGGAGGAGGAGGAGGAAGAGAAGGCGCGAGAGAAGGCACGAGGAAGCGCGGGCUCCGUUGCGCCUACUGGCGGCCAGGGCCGGGGGGGGGAGGGGGGACUGGCGCGAGGACCGAAUUCGGCAAAUCCGCAGAGAAUGGGCAUGGGGCGUCCGUCUGAUGAGGUGCCGCACCCUCCGAAACAGAGAGGCCAGACGCCCCACACCCUUGAAAAGUUGCCCCCACUCCAGCAGAAGAGCCCACCGAGCGCAGCAAAGGGUCAUGCGGCUUCAACCAGAGCUGACCAUCUCGCAGAAGCUGCCCUUGAAGCACGUGUUGCAGCAGAGGUCCUUCUUGUCCUGGGGAGCCUCCGAAGGAUUGAGGAGCCCGCACACAUCGCACCCGGGAAUCUCAGGAAUCCCUGUGGGAAGCGGCUCCUCGGUGCUGCUACUGGCACUCGUCGGAGGUGGCUGUGUACUCGACGUUGACGGAACCUGGGUCGACGAUGAUGGGACUGGGCUCGUCGUUGAUGGAACUGGGCUCGGCGUUGAUGAAACUGGGCUCGACGUCAAUGGAACUGGGCUCGGCGUUGAUGUAGAUGGAACUGGGCUCGGCGUUGAUGAAACUGGGCUCGACGUCAAUGGAACUGGGCUCGGCGUUGAUGUUGAUGAAACUUGGCUCGACGUGGACGGCUCCUCUUCGACGUCGGUGUCGCUGGCUCCCGAGGGUUCUUCGACCUCGGUGUCGCUGGCUCCUGCCGCCUUUUGCGUGACCACGCCCUCUGUAGUCGCCGAUCCUGGCUCGCCUUCGACGCCGGCGUCGCUAAAGUUCCACAGUGGCUCCGGCUCGGCGCCGGUGCCGUUGACCUGCGGCCCGGCAGCCGGCGCAGGCGGCCGACUGCUGCAGCUCGCACGGGCGCCUGCCGCGCCGAGAGGAGCGGCGCCGGGCCCUCGAGCCGCCGAGCCCCCUGCAGUCCUCACGGCGCCGGCGCCGGCGCCCGCGGAGGGCGACGCGGUCCUCGAGCAGAGGGCCCCGCCGCCGCCGCCGCCGCCCGCGGAGGCGAUGUGCACGCUGUGCCACCAGCGCGGGCUGCCGGGCUCCGGGGACGCCGGGGUCGAUUGCGUGGCACCCGUCGGAGCUGGCAAAGUCUGCCCCCCCGGCGCUCUGCAGCUUGCCCCCCACGAGGAGGCCUGCGGGGAAGCCGUUCACCCCGUCGACCAUGACCUGCUGGUUGCUGACAUGAAGACAUCGUGGCCAUCUACUCUGAACGCCACUGCGGUGACCGCGAGGUAGUCUGCGCCAGGCAUGGUGCACAGGAAGGCCUGCGCCACGAAUGAGCCGUCCGAGCUGCUCGCAAGCGAAUACACACUACACUCCUGGGGGCGGAUCUCCAGCGAGUCCUCGGAGAAGGUAUGAAGCGUGGUCCUCGCCUCAGACGUCGUCUCGUCGAGGCUCGUCUCGACGGAGCACGUGCUCC